AGAGGGUGGGGAGAGGCAGAGGGGGAGAGAAGAGGAACGCUAGUGUCGAACGCGUGCGCUCAUUGAUGCUUAGCUCGGUCAAACUGCACCGCAGUGCAAUAGAAGAAGAACGAACGGUCAGUCCGCUUUCUUUGGGUGCAGUGCCGCUGUCCCAUAUACCUGCGAAUGCCGGCAUCUCUCUCCGCCAUUUUUGGCGAUUUUAGAAGUCAUGCCCUCAGUGGAGGGCGGUAGCUUCAGUCGAGGCUAGUCCUUAUCUCGGUGCACAUCUCUAUCCGAGCUCGUCGUACCGGUACUUUUCGAUACGUUUAAAACACCUGGGUUGGAGAUCUGACAGUCAUGCGCUUCGUUUGGUCACUUUUGUGUUUUGGAGGAAUCGAGGAUCGCUGAUACACACGCAACACCACUGAGAUGUCUAAUAAACAAUUCAUCCUAUUCCGCGCUAGUGCGAAUCAUUAUCAAUUGGAUCACGCGAGCUCGAAUCCGUACAACGACGAACGCGUAAAAAGCAUCGACCAGAUGCUUAAUCGAACGCUCGUCAAGAUCUUUAACGUGCUCUCUCUCUCAACACUGGCAAAAUAAAGGACCCCAAUCAGAGCUCCAUAUUCAAGCUCAUCCUGGAGCGGGAGCCCGCUUUAAGCGAAUUUUUUCCAAAAAAUAUCGAGUUUUCGCUCCUGUGGAACUGCUGUCGUUGUUGAUGAGACACGGAGCUGAUGUCACCGCUAGGGAUACUGACGGCUGCAACGUCUUAAAUCAUUUUGCGUUUGCUCCAGUGGAACAUGUCGAUCUGGCCAGGGUCUUGAUCGAGAAGUGCGCCUCAGUCGAAGACGGAGAUAGUGUGUUCAAUCUUCAACCGCUGCACGAAGCCAUCAUAAUGGUGAAGAAUGGACUGGUGAAUGUUAUUCUGGACUACGGCGUGAACGUGAAUGCACUAAGGGAAGGAUUUAACGACGAAUUUCCCUUAUACAUUGCUGCCCAGGAAUGCAAUGACCCGGCAGUGCUGUUACUCUGUUGAAACAUGGUGCAGAUAUCGAUAUGAAAAACGAAUACGGCGAGACCGCAUUAUACGGCCUGAUCGAACACCAGAGCUUUUACGAAACUGAUAAAAAUACGACAAAGAAGUUAAAGAUACUUCUUUCCCUCGGCGCGGAUAUGUUCGCGACAAAUAACGACGGAGUGACGAUUUUCGAUAGUAUCGAACGCCGAACUACAGAAGAUCCAAACAUAAGGCUGAUACUCAGGACAUUAGCUCUGAGAAAGAUCGCUGGCCUCCAGCCGUCGAUCGAAUUGAAGUACGAGAGGUUAAUGGAACAGGAGGACCCGAAUCUCUGGGAGUACUUCCAAAAGUGUAUAGAGGAGAUCAACAGGAUGAAAUCCACUAAUGUAUUCAAGAGCUGCUCAGUUUUUGAAAUUUUGACCAAAUGCCAGUGCGAGUUGGAGCUGCACAUGCGCUACAACGAGUUCAGGAGAAGAUUCAGGCUCGUCAAUCUCAGCAUUUUUCACGUUUACGUCGACGACAUAAACGAAGCUUUCGAGCGCGCUGAACGCUACUACAAUUGCGUCUUGGAUCAGGAGAACUUGAUCAACGAAGCUCUUUACAAUUUUUUUCCUGAGAUGUUUGUAAGAAAAGGGCUCGUUACAUAGUCCAGUGCGAAGCUUGCAAGUUGAGGACGAUUGUUAACGGGUCGCUCAAGGCGUCUGACAGCAGUGAUGCUACAAACUGAUUUUUUUUGUAAAUAGAAAAUAGUUGAUGUAAAUAUAUAUUUUGUACAUACAUAUUCUGAAAUCUAUUGUAUACCUAGUCAUAUUUGUAUUAUUAAAAUUAAGGCAUGUUAAA